AUGCCUGUGUCUUCUCUUCCAUCAGCCGUUUUGUCUCAUAUGAUAGCUAUAAACAACGUGCCUCCUCCUCCACUUCGCAAUAUACCAAGCUUGAAAAUGUCUAAGCGCAUUGAUUAUGGUCAGUUGAAUACGUUAUGCCACGUAAGAGGACUACAAUACAAUUCCUGCAGUAGCAUGCUGUCAGCUCACAAUAUCUUUAUGAAGCAAUAUCCUAAAAUAUUCCUGCAGAAGAAAAGCAGACUGCCUAAACUGUCCAAACAGGAGGGAAAAAGAAAACCUACUGAAAGCCCAGAAGAAAGUCAGCCCCAGCAACCUGAUGAUGAUUCUCACAAUGUAGCUCUCUAUGUUAAAAAAGCACAUGGUGGCCAUACUUUACAUGGACCAAAAAAUUCUGAAGAGAAUUUAGUAGAAUUCCUGGCUAUCUUAAAGAAAUUGCCCGUUUACAGGACCCAGUCUGAACACAACACCAUGUGGAAGAUGCUGAAAACGAUUCCAGAUUUAACCUCCCAGCUAACUGACGAGCAUCUGAGAACUCUGAGUAAGAGUGUCAUUUCUGAAACCUGGGUAAAAGGCAGCACAGUGAUUGCAAAUGAUGGAUUUUAUAUAAUACUGAAAGGCCUAGCUAGACCUCGAACACAGGUAUAUAAAAAUCUGAUUGAAGAAAGUGAGUCAACACCCUCUUUCGUAUCUCAGACUUUCCACAGCUUUGUUUUUGAUGAAGAUUUCAAACACUCUCUACUUGGUGAGAUGCGCAUACCUUCAUGUGACCCAAUGCUUAGACAAUGGAGUACCUUUGGAACCUUGGAAGUUACAGCUCACAUGGAAUCCGCAACAAAGUACUCAGUGGUAAUAGAAGAAGAUUGUGAAAUUCUUAAAAUAUCUGCAAAGAAUUAUGCAAAGUUAAAAUCGGAACAAACAAAACUUGAAAAUAAACAAAAGGAGGAAUUAAUUCGUAAGUGUCCGUAUUACAAAGAGUGGCCUACUUUAUCCAUAUAUGAGCUAGUUGCACUCAUUAAAUGGAAAAAAUUUCCUCCAGGUCAUGUGAUAGUGGAAAGUGGAAAUGUAAUUUCUUUUGUGGCUUAUAUUAAUUCUGGAUAUUGUAACAUUUAUAGAAGUAUUAUAGGAUUUGUGAAACUACAAUCAAAAAAAGUGAAAAAAAUUAGAAAACUUGUUUACAUGGGUCAACUUAAGGAGGAGGAGUCCUUCGGUGAGAUCAGUGUUCUUCUUCAAGACCCUUUCACAUGCACAGUAGUUACCGGAAAAGAGGUUGAGCUGGCGAUCAUUGAAGAUAAGGACCUAUUUGAAUUAGACCCAGUGACCAAGCAACUUAUGCUCCAAACAGCUCAACCAACUUUUGGCCAUCUAACAGAUCUUGCAGAGGUUGCCCUCAUUUCUUGGCUUGUGGCCCCUUCCUGCAUCUUCAAAGCCAACAGUGGUGGGCCAAGUCCUCACGUCUCUUCUCUCGGAACCACAUUUCUGCCCUCUUCUUCCUCUUUUAAGGACUCAUGUGAUCAAAUUGGGCCCAGCUGGGCAAUCCAGGCUACUCCACCCAUCUCACAGUUGGCUGACUGGAAACGUAAACUGCACUUGUAG